AUGGCGAGAGCACCACCUGGCUCAUACUUUAUGUUAGGUCUUCUCCUUUGCUCAUCCCUCUUUUUCCAGGUUUUGGCUCAGUCCACAAACCAGACCACUGCGAGCAGCGGUACACCUUCACCCACUGUCGCUGCAAAUGUUACAGCGUUCUUGACGACUAGCUCCUACACGUUGACAUCCGUCAGCCACUCGGGGAACAUUGCAACCACUAUCACCACCGUAUUACCCACAGUGUACAACGCGACAGCCACUAUUCAUGCAAAUUCAUCCACACCAACAUCCUCAGCCUCGGCCUCACCCACCCCGACUCCCAUCGUCCUAGCUACUAGAAUCACUCCGGCUUUCGGUGUACUAGGUGCGAUCCUUAUCAUAACUGGACUACCAAGUGCGUUCUGGGGCCACAAGAAUAGAUGGACAUCCUUCUUCCUCAUUGGUUUCUAUACCCUUUCAUUGGUCUGUUUCGUCCUUAUCGUCAAGUUCGGUAUUCUUCCUGCGAUCAACACACCGAACAACACACUCCAGGGCAUGUUCGUAUUAGCCUCCGCCGUUGCUGGUAUCAUGGGUGGCGCGUUCACAAUCUUCUUUUGGAAGGCCACUAAAUACUUCAUUGGCGCAUGGGGUGGUUUUGCUUUCGGACUGUGGAUACAAUGCUUUAAAAAUGGCGGUCUUAUUACCCCUGUUGGCAUGAGAUGGAUUCUGUAUAUAGUAUGCACCGUAGUUGCAUUUGUCCUCUGCACAAUACCCAAGAUACAUUGGCAUAUGCUUUUGGUUGCGACGGCCUUUGUUGGCUCGUCCGCAUUUAUACUUGGUGUGGAUUGCUACACGACAGCUGGCUUGAAAGAGUUCUACGUCUGGAAUCUAGGUUUCACCACCCUGUUCCCGAAGUAUAUCGAUAACGGUAUUGCGUUUCCGGUAACCCAAACGAUGGAAAUUGAACUCGGGCUCAUCGGAGCGAUCGCUCUUAUGGGUGGAGCCGUUCAGCUCCGCAUCCUCCGCAUCUUGCAGCGCAAACUCAAGGAAAUUGCUGAGGAAGAAAAGAAGCGGGAUGAAGAGGCCGAAAUCAAUGCUGCUGGCAAAUUCCGAGAACUCUCAAAGGAGCAGGAGGAAUGGGAGCAAGAUCACCCACCACUUGGAAUGCAUGGCCGGACGGCCAGUGGCUACUCUGGGACUCCUUUAAUGAAGGAUUUCCCCACUAGGAGUUCUCAAGAUGGGCGGGCUUCCGUAUUCACGUUGGUUGGCGGGCGUGGUCGCUACACAUCUGGAGUGUCUGACUUCAUGGCUGCUCCCGCCCCUGACGAAGAUAUUAAGCGAGUCGCACGCGAUUCUCAAGCGCCCGGUGCCUUGCCUGCUCUUGAUCUUGGCCUCGGAAUCCAACAUGAUGUCCCCUCUGGGUUCAUCACCGAUAACGAUCCUGACAGCAGCGACACGAAACAUAGCGAUGUGAAGAAAGCUAUCUCAUUGGAGUUAGAAGAUCUUGCGCGCAAGGAGGAGCUUCUUGCUGAAAUUCAAACCAUCAGACGCUCAAUCGAUGCACUCAGAUCGGAUACGCCUGGCCCUGACUCGGAUGACUCCCGCUCUCGUCGUAUCUCUCUGACCUCUCGUCGCACCCUCAGCUAUGACCUUGAUAAUGCCAUUGCUCCACGUCCACACACUCGCCCACCCAGACAACCAGAUCCACGCAACCGUGUACAGUCCUUGGAACUUUCCAAGCUUAUGGAUACGCCUCCGCUUGGUGCAUCUAUUGGCCGUCCUACAAGUGUUCCUCUCCGCGACGAUGAUUGGGACUCGUAUGUUCGUGACCUCCCGACGAGCCGUGUGUCCACGACAGGAUCACUAUCUGCACAACAACGCCUGCCUGUCCCGUCAGCUGUCACCGAAGCCCUCUCCCAAAGGAAACAACGGGAGAUUUUGUUGGACCCUAGUGUUGGCCCAGAUACAAGCGCAAAAGAUACGUCGGACGAGGAUGCGCCAAUUGCCAUGCUUGUAGCAGCCCACGCUCAAACGAAGAGGUCCAAAUCAUAUUUCAACAGCACGAUUCCAGCUGUGUUAGCACCUUCGCAGCUUCCUGCAGCUGCUACACGUUAUCCUCCUGUCAUUCUCUCCAGGAACACUUCAUUGAUACCUGAGCCCGAGCGAAGCAACAUACCGAUCGUCCUCCCCCCCACUCGACCCUUGAAGGCUGCGGUUGAGCCCUCCGGCAAUAUUCCUAUGAUCAUUCCUCGUGGACAAAGCGCAAACAUAGCAGCGCCAGUUGCCAAGAAGCCAGAACCUCAACGUGUUGCGACGUUUGAGGAAAUGGAAGAACGGCAUCGGGAGAAGAUGCGGGGUCUCCAAGCUCCCAUCACAGAGGCUGAGAAACAAAAUGCGCAGGUCCAGGCUGCCAAGGAUCGCUGGGAGCGCUCAAAGGCAGCGGAGCGGGAAGCAGUGAACAGACGGCAGGCUGAGAAGGCCGCAGAGAUUGCACGAGAAGAGAAGGAAAAGGUGCGGCGCAGGUCAGAGGACGGUCUUGGCAAGACGGGACCCGAGGACGACAAGAACGUGGAACGUCGACACAAGGGAAUAAGCGCUGACAAGCUUGCUGCUAUUAGUGGUGUCAACAACCCGCCGUCGUCGAAACGCCAAUCGGUACUGAGGGUGGAGGAUUGGCAGCGGCAUCAACAUGAUGUGGAACUUGGAAUUCGGCCUGACCGCGCUGCUGGUGCAAAGCGAGAGUCCCGUGGGAUGAAGGCUGAGGCAAACGCAACUGUUCCAUUCCCUGGACAAAGUCGCCCAAUGGACAGACGUCGUUCUGCUGGGGUCCCUCGGGACCCUCCUAGUUGAGGGACUGGGCCUGAGAUAGUGUCAGAUGUCAGGUACUACAAUCACGUCACUCAUUUCUAAGACACGUUGGACGUUCGACUUUCAUGGACAUAUUUUUACGCCCGUCGUUUCACUAGGGUAUCUCUUGCGACUUUGACAACAUUAAUAUUGUUUUUCUUAUCACUUUUUCUUGCAUUAUGCAUAUGUAGGACCAUCGUAAUACAUAUCGCACGACGAUCCAAGUCUGUGUAUGUCUCGUAGAAUAUAGAUGCAUUGACUUCAUUUGUGGGGUCCCCUCGUCGCGGAGUU